AUGAGGCGUGCACUCCCCCUCAGUUUUUCAGGCUUCUUUUUAGACAAAUGUGACUCCAUACGCCAACGUUCCUCAGGGGAAAUUUUCAUCGGGGGACUUAUCACAAUCAUAGGUCGAGCCGUCGGCCUAGACUUCCCGGAUCCCGAGUACAUACCUGUUGACACCCCACCGAACUUCCUGCUAGAUUGUGACACUCUCAUCCGGAUGGAGAUGUUGCUCGACCGGGGAACCCGCACGUACAGUUGGUUAGACUCUGACAAAGCCCCGGUUUACAUCCUACCAAGUUGGAUCGGCUCUUCAUUCGAUACAGGCGACCCCGACACUUGGCUUCCUCCAGAUCAAUUGACCCAAGCAGGUGUAUUCCCAGAAUCCGGUGAUGAUGAGGGUGACGACGCAGAGCAACAAGAGGAAAAAGAUGACGAAGAGAACGACGAGAUGCCCGAAGCUGAGGAUCAUUUUGACCAGCCCUCGAUGCAGCAGCCGAUGUUUCCGCAUGAUCAAUUCCAGGCCCCUCCACACCAUUUUGACCAGCCGCAUCAGCAGAAAGGACACGAAGUCCCACCAUAUGUGGGACUACCACUAUCGCCACGGACAUUUCCCGCCGCCCGACCGCCCGAUUUAGGUCCUUUCCGCCCUUUCCUCAAGCAUUAA